GAUACUUCCAAACAAAACAACCGUAGCCUAGUAACCGAAAACGCGACGUUUGCUUCUACGAACAGGAUGUCGCGAUGUUUCUUUAGUUUUUAUGAUUUGGGAGUGAUUUACAGAUAUGCAUAAAUUGUGAACUUCGAUAAGUGAAUUGAAUUAUAUUCAUAUUCCAAAACGUCCAUUGUUUAAAAAUUUGGUAUUUGUCACAUUUUCAGUGUUUUAAGAACAAGUUAUUUUUCAAUAGGACAUGUCAUUAGUUACAAUUACUCAUCAUAAUGAAAAUAUACAUAACAUCCUUGACCCUCCAAAAUCAUCUAUUCAGGCUGUUCAGGCAAUCACAACCAGGUGUAUGUACAUAUCGAAAUAUCGGCCAAAAAUUGUAAAAGAGGAGAAAAAAAAUAAAGAAUGCCAUAAAACAUUAGGCUAUGCCCAAGUGCCCUUACCAAAGCCAUGUGAAUUUCUAAGAAAGAAUACUCGCAUUGUACCUCCACGGCCAGUAACAGCGGGACCAAAAUGUUGUCUUACUUGUCGAAGACCUUGCUUGCCUUCAUGCCCUGUAGUGAAGAAAGAACCAUCUUCAGAUAAAACAAAAGCUUGGGAAGAAGGCUGGAAAAAGGGCCAAGGAAAGAGAUAUCCUUGCCCAAGUACAAAUGAGAAAGAGACGGAAGAAGCAAAGAAACAGGCUUCAGCAGCAAAAGUAUGUGCAAAAAAUUUUGCAUUAGAAAAUAUUCGUAAAGUUGUGCAUUCUGUACCCAGGCAACCUGUUCCAAAAUAUGUUGACUCACACAGAGGACAUUCACAAUCUUUAUUACGUUCUGGGCUUCUGCCUAUAUAUAUUCACAAGAAGACCUAUGGUAAGGUUCCAGGGUAUAUUGUAUGCAGAAAAAGUUCAGUUGGAUCAAUGGGAGCUCCACCUGUAUGUCAGGCACCUGUGCCUGCAACUCCAGGGGUGUACGUGAUUCCUGAAGAGGAACGACAAGCUUUAUUGGAGGGAUUAAGAAAAAAUUGGAAUGAACUUCAAACAGCUUAUCAACAUAUGCCUAUUUUAAUUGACACAAUGCACAAACGGGCACGUAAAGAACGCAUGGAGAAGGAACUACGGCGCCUUGAGCUUAAUAUAAGCACUCUUGAACGUCACAAUCAAAUUUAUGUGGUAGACGAUGCACUGUGUGCAUAGUUACUACUGUUUUACUAAUAUUUAUAUCAAAAAUAUGCGAAUGCAAUCAAAUGUAGUUUAUUAAAAGUGAAUAUGGCCAGGUCAUUAACAGAGAACACAGCUUGAAAUCAGUUUUAUUUGUAUUUAACUGUACAUAACUUCACAUACAAUAAAAUGUAUGAUU